AUGCCAAACUUGAGUGAACCUGAAGAUGAUAUCCCAGUGAUGGGUCUGGAGGACGGACGAUUCUACUCAUACCACGUGACUGCUCUCGUCAGCAUUGGCGCCAGUUUGUCUUGUGUCGCCGCCAUCUUUUGGGUCUCCUUUAGAUCUCAUUUCUUCAAGUCGUUCUUCCAAUGGUCAGUCAGUGAUAGGUUUGUAGUUUACCUGGCGACAUGUGAUGGUCUAUUUAACCUGACACACGUACUGGACCACGUGCAGAUGGUGGUGACCACGACCCACGUGUAUCCAAAAGGCCUCUGUGUUUUCUACGCUUUUUGGAUUGUUGUGUUCACCACUGCGCAAGCGCUCUUGGUGUUGGUCAUUGCAUUGAACUCCUUUAGUCUUGUUAUUUUGGAAAAGCCCGUAAAAUUUGGGGUAUACGACUGGAGACUGUUGGUCUUUAUGUUCGGGAUUCCAACAGUUGAAGCUUCUUUAGCCGCUUUCUUAGACCAGCUUGGACCUACAGGUUCUUUCUGUGGUGUUCCUGGAAAGAUUGCUCUAAUGGCGAUGGCAACAGUCCCUGUGAGCCUCAUUCUGGUAGUCACGUGUUCUCUUUACGUUUUCAUCUGGUGUCGCGUUCGAUGGGAAAUCGGUCAACUUCAGUUGACAAAACAGUCCCAAAGCUGGCGACACAGUCACAACGCCGCCAAAAUAAUGACGCUAUUCGUCACGGCAUUCGUGGUACAAUGGACACCAAUCUCAGCGAACGGUAUCAUAUCAUUUUUUGGAGAUGUUCCCAUGGUGAUGGAAUACUUAGUGAUAACGUGUACAAACAUGGGUGGAGUUUUUAACGGGUUAGCCUUUCUCAUUAUACAGAUCAUGCGAAAACGUCAGAAAAAUCGUGUUGUCCAGCCACAGGUUAUCUUGCUUAACAACGAAACUGUUCAAACAAAGUAAUAAACGUCUAUAUUUUCCCUGUCUAAUAAAACUUUACUGGUUAAAAAUUUCAACAAUAAUCCAUUAUAAGAUCUUCAAAACUAAGUGCUAUUUUGCUUUAUGGCCAUUUUGCCCACCUGCAUCUCCCGUAACCCCCUAUACUCCUGAAGACAGUCGUUGGCC